AUGGAUUCGGCGUUUGUGGAGAGUUUUGCCUCUCGGUUCCUCUCUGAUGAUCCUUCGAAGCUCCUGGAAGCCUUGAAGCUUCUCGACGAGGCCAGAACGAGGUCGCGCAAUCUGCUGGGCGAACGUGUGCGCUUUGCGAGAGCUGUCCAGGAGCUGGCCAUCUAUAGACAGGGUUCAAUCAUCAAGAACCUUACCAAGCAGUUGCUUCAAGAGCAGGAAGAAUUCGACGCUUAUACUAGUGCAUGCCUCAAAUCUGUCACCGAUUUGUUCGGGUGUACAAGUAUAGAGCAGCUCGGGUUGUCAUCUAUGAUUGUACUCCCACCUACACAAGACCUUCAAAGUCAGGCUGCUUCGAUCCUGGUCCUCUCGAGGCUGGCAACCAGCAAGGUAGUCGCACAAACGUGCCUGACCAACAAAGAUGUUGUGAAGAAGCUGGCACGCAACCUCUCCAAGAAGAUAGCGCGUAUUGAAACGGUCACUGCUGACUCUAGGGAUGUCGUCUGUACUCUUCAAGGGAUUGCCAACUUUGCUCACGCAUCGAAGCUGUUCCGGCAGGAGAUGCAAGCGAUCAACAUGAAUCUGCUGCCUGCAGUCCAAAAGCUGUUGUCCAAGCACUACUUCUUCUUGAGCGAGGAAGAAGUUUAUGCGUCAACGGAGUCACUGGCCCGACUUAUUGAAACCUUAGCACUGUCAUCAGACAGCCGCGUCUGGAUGAUCGACACAGGUGAUCUUCAAGUUAUGACAGAGCUCUUCCGUUUCGAGAGGCCCGCCAACAAAGCUGAAAAGGAAGACGUGAUAAGUAGAUGUGCUUUCUCACUGCUGCGGUUGCUCGAAUCGAAGGAGUGUCUACAAAAGAUGAGGGAGUCUGAUGUGUUCUCGCUUCUGAAACCGUACUCCAGCCUACUGGACAAUCACACUCCUCGCUUCUGGAGUCACCUCGAGAACAAACUGCUGGACGACGCGUACGACAAGAACUUGAAAGAGGUUCUGCCAAGUUUCCAAGGAUCACACCCUGUAUGGAAGUCCCUGAGAAGAGCCGACUUUGCCGUGCCAACGGUCUGCUCGUGGGGCGAUUGUACCGCGCUAGAGUCGGCAUCAACAACAGCUUUCAGCAAGUGCGGGCGAUGCGGUGUGGCACGCUAUUGCAGCAAAGAGCACCAGAAGCUUCAUUGGCCAGCGCACAAGAAACACUGCUUGUCAAAAGCAGAGGCGUCUUUUGGAAAGUAG